AUGCUCCUGCAGCCCAGCUCCGGCCAGAUGCUCCUGCAGCCCGUCUGGGACCUCCUGCGGAGCCGGGGGGCGCUCACCCAGUCGCCCUUCUUCCCGGUCAUCUUCUCCAUCACCACGUACGUGAGCUUCUGCCUGCCCUUCGUGGCGCUGGACCUCCUGUGCCCCCGGGUGCCCGCGCUGCGGCGCUGCAAGAUCCAGCCCGACUGCGCGCCCUCGGCGCGGCAGCUGCUGUGCUGCCUGGGACGGACGCUCUACCAGCACCUGGUGUUCGUGUUCCCGCUGACGCUGCUGCACUGGGCCAGCGGCCCGGCCCCGCUGCCCGCCGAGGCCCCCGCGCUGCCCCAGCUGCUGGGCCACGUCGCGCUCUGCCUGCUGCUCUUCGACGCCGAGUUCUUCGCGUGGCACGUGCUGCACCACCGGGUGCCCUGGCUGUACCGCACCUUCCACAAGGUGCACCACCAGCACGCGCCCUCCUUCGCGCUGGCCACGCAGUACCUGAGCGCCUGGGAGCUCUUCUCCCUGGGCUUCUUCGACACGGUGAACGUGGCGCUGCUCCGGUGCCACCCGCUCACCGUCCUGGUCUUCCACACGCUCAACAUCUGGCUGUCGGUGGAGGACCACUCGGGCUACGACUUCCCCUGGUCCACGCACCGGCUGGUGCCCUUCGGGUGGUACGGGGGAGUGGUGCACCACGACCGGCAUCACUCCCACUUCAACUACAACUUCGCCCCCUACUUCACGCACUGGGACAGGCUCCUGGGGACGCUGUGGCACCCUCACGCCAACUAG